UCAAUCGCUUAAACUCUUAGUACUAAUACGGGCGUAAGUGAGAUUCAACAUAAAAUUGCUUACGUGUUGUAUUAUAUUGAAUAAAAUUAUAGUUUUUAUGUUUGGUUGCAAUACAUUUAUUAUAUUAGAGUCUGGAAUAAUCAGAUUAAAUUUAAUAUUUUUUUUGAUUUUAAGUUAACUACCUACUUAAUAUAAAGAUAAACAAAUAUUACAAGUUAAGAACUUCAAAUCCCGGUCUUCUUAUAAAAAUUACAAUGCAAAAUAAUAAAAGACAAAAAAUAGAAUCCAGAGUAUCUGAAAAAAAUGCAAAAUACGAGUAUGAAAAAUCGUCUCACUCAGAGACAUAUGAAGUGUUACAAACAUUACGCAAAGAUGAGAUAUUUUGUGAUAUUAAACUAGAAACAGACGAUAACAAAAUAAUAAUUGCACAUAAAGUGGUUUUAGCAUCAGCUAGUCCAUAUUUCUAUGCCAUGUUCACAAAAUUUUCAGAACGGAAUCAUGAUGUUGUUGUAAUGAGAGAAAUAGAUUCAACCGCUUUACAAAUAUUGGUAAACUUUAUUUAUUCGGGAAAAAUCGUGGUCACUGAAGAUAACGUUCAGGUUUUGUUACCAUCUGCAAAUCUCUUGCAGUUACAAGAAGUAAAAGAGGCAUGUUGUGAUUUUUUAAAGUCACAACUCUGCCCUACAAACUGCAUUGGUAUAAACGCAAUAGCUGAUAAAUAUAGCUGUACAAAAUUAUUAACAAAUUCAGAAUUAUAUAUUCAACAACACUUUUCAGAAGUUGUUAGUGGUGACGAAUUCCUAUCUUUAUCAUCGGAACAAGUGCUUAAAUUAAUCUCCAGUGAUACAAUUAUAGUUCCAUCUGAAGAAAAAGUAUUUGAAAGUGUUAUUCGUUGGGUAAAAUAUGAUUCAGGUUCAAGAAAAUGUAUUUUACCCCAAUUAAUGGAACACGUUCGUUUACCAUUAACAUCGAAGGAUUACAUAUUAAAAAAAGUAGUUGAGGAACCUCUUAUUAGAAAUUGUUUAAAAUGUACAGAUUACGUAAGUGAGGCAUUACAAUUCCAUACACUCAAGUCAGAAGAGCUUAAUAUUCAACAAAACAUCCGGAAUAAACCUAGAAAUGGGGAUAAAGUUUUAUUAGCUAUUGGUGGAAUUGAUAUUGAUUUGAGAAAUCGUACAAAAUGGUAUGACCCAAAAACGUACCAAUGGAAUUAUGGUCCAGAAAUGAUUACAAGUCGUCAGAGAGCUUGUGCAGUAGUAGUGAAAGAUAAUUUAGUGUUUGCUGUGGGUGGUUUUGAUGACAAUGAUGAACCAGUUCGGACUGUCGAAGUGCUUGACUUAUCUUCAGAAUCACUCUGUUGGAAAACAAGUGUUGAGAUGUUAGUUGAAAGAGAUGGUUUAGGAGUUGGUGUUAUUAAUAACUUCAUAUAUGCCGUCGGCGGAUAUAAUUAUAGUAAUGAUGCAUUAGAUAAUGCAGAAAUGUUUGACAACAAUACCCAAGAAUGGCGUAUGAUAUCUAGUAUGUCUUUUAGAAGGGCCUACCAUGGGGUCGGAGUCCUGAAUAAUCUUUUAUAUGCGGUAGGAGGAAGUGAUGAAUCACAACAGGCUUUAAACACUGUUGAAUGUUAUCAUCCUAGUCUUGAUACAUGGACACCAGUCGCAAAAAUGUCUGUAGGCCGUGAAGGUGUUGGAGUAGGUGUUUUAGACGGUGCACUGUAUGCUGUGGGUGGUAAAGAUGGAUCCAAAACUCUGAGUAGUGUUGAAGUAUACAGACCAACUACAGGAGUUUGGACUACUAUUGCGGACAUGCAUAAUCCUCGAAAACGUGCAGGGGUAGUUGCAUCAAACGGUUUAUUGUAUGUCAUCGGUGGAGUUGACGACACUUUUUUUGUGCAUUCUAUAGAAUGUUACAGCCCCGAAACUAAUUCCUGGACCAUAGGCGCAGCGUCAAAGAAUUUUGUAUAUACUUCAGCAGGAGUAGUAGCUAUUAAUAGGUUUCGACAUUUUAAUACUUAUUAGCAAUUAUGAUUUUUUCUUGAUACAAUAUAUAAAUGUUUUCUCAUUUUGUGA